AAAAAAGGAAGAAAAAGAAAGAUGUUUUUUUUGUUAAAAAAAAAAAAAGAGAAAAAAGUAAUGUUCCUAUUUACGCAUUCCACACGGUUUCUGUAAUCCGUAAAACACACAUACAGUGGAGAGAUCUUUGAGGUUGACAUCUCUUAGAUUCCUCUACUUCAUUCGUCCCUCUUGCCAAUUCUUGAAAAUUGCAAUAUUCAAAUCAAUUCCGGGUAUUCAUUUUUUCUGAAUAUUUUCUGUUCCGAUGGCCAAUAAUAUGGAAGAAUCAAGCCCAUUUUUACCCAGGCAAAAAUCUGAGACGACAAACAAUGAAUUGAAGUCGACCAAGCUCAAUUCUUCAACCCCAGCUCCUCCGGUUGCGGCGGAGCCGGUUAAACCGACGGCUUCAGCUGCUGUUCCGAUGGGAUGGACGGCUAAUGGGUUACCUAUGGGCCACGGGCCGGUGGUGGGGGAGCCCAUUAUGCGUAGGGCCCAAUGGGAAUCAGGCCUUUGCUCUUGUUUUGGGAAGAAUGAUGAAUUCGUCAGCAGCGAUCUUGAAGUUUGUUUGUUAGGAACUCUGGCACCAUGUGUGCUCUACGGGAGCAAUGCUGAGAGAAUUGGAUCUGCUCCUGGAAGUUUUUCCAAUCACUGCUUGCCUUACACUGGUCUAUACCUGAUUGGACAGUCCUUUUUCGGCUGGAACUGCAUGGCACCCUGGUUUUCAUAUCCCAGCCGUACCGCUCUCCGCCAGAAGUUUAAUCUGGAGGGUAACUGUGAGGCAGUCACCAGAUCAUGUGGGUGCUAUGGGGGCUUUGUUGAAGAUGAGGAACGACGCGAGCAAUGUGAGUCAACUUGUGACUUUGCAACUCAUAUUUUUUGCCACCCUUGUGCUCUUUGCCAGGAAGGUCGUGAACUUCGUCGUAGGCUCCCUCAUCCUGGGUUCAAUAUCAAACCAGUCCUCGUUAUGCUUCCCCCUGGGGAGCAGAACAUGGGUCGCUGAUAGCAACUACUGUGUCAUUGAUUCCAUACCAUUUCCUACCUGGUUUUAGCUGUUUCAAUGUUCUCUGAUAUUGUACUGGAACGUUUUUACUUAAUUGAUGGAAAGUUGACAAGUAAAACUUGAGACUAUGUAGGUGAUAUUAUAUUAUAUAAUGUAUUGUACACACAUAAAAGAGAUGGAUUUGCAAUUUUAUGAAAUGAUACAAGAAAUUGCUGUUGAUGAA